AUGUCAGUUUCGAAAAAGAAGGACGAUGACAAAGAAAAGAAAUUUCUAGGUCGACUACAAUAUAAAUUGGACUAUGAUUUUGAUAAGAAUGCGCUCACAGUUGUUAUUGUGCAAGCCGAAGAGCUGCCGGCGAUGGACCUUGGAGGCACAUCGGACCCCUAUGUGAAGCUCUUCUUGCUACCUGAGAAGAAGAAAAAGUUUCAAACUAAAGUGCAGCGAAAAUCACUGAAUCCUGUAUUCAAUGAAAGUUUUACAUUCAAGAUUCCUUUUAACGAAAUCGGCGGACAAACGCUUGUUCUUAAUGUCUUCGAUUUUGACCGUUUUGGAAAACACGAUCAGAUCGGCCAAAUAUCGAUUCCGCUGGGAAAAAUUGAUUUGGCGUCGACAAUCGAGCGAAUCGAUUUAAUCGAGAGUCCUCCGGAGAAUCGAUUAGGCGAAGUGUGCUUGGCUCUUCGUUAUGUUCCCAACAAAAACAAGCUAUCCGUGGUGGUAAUGGAAUGUAAAAACCUCAAGAAAAUGGAUGUUCUCGGAUUAUCAGAUCCAUACGUCAAAAUCUAUUUGAUGAUGGGAACAAAACGGCUCGAAAAGAAGAAGACAACGAUCAAAAUGAAAACGUUGAAUCCCUAUUACAACGAAUCAUUCAGUUUUGAUGUGACACCGGAAAAAAUGCAGAGAGUUCAUUUGCACGUUACGGUAUCGGAUUACGAUCGAGUCGGAUCGAAUGAACGUAUUGGGCAGGUGAUCAUUGGAUCUGGAGCAUCUGGUGUAGCAUUGAAGCAAUGGAAUGACAUGCUGGCAACCCCUCGUCGAUCAGUCGCUCAAUGGCAUACGCUAUUGCCGUUCAACGAUGAUUAG